AUGGUCGCCAUCCCCAAGGAAUACAAAGAGCCUGUCAGAAUCGCCGUCAUCGGCGGUACUGGACUCAGAGAACUCCCGGGUUUCACGCAGGUUGCGACCCUAGAUAUUUUGACUCCCUGGGGCAAGCCCUCCGCUCCUAUCAUUAUCCUUCACCACAAGUGCUCGACUGACGGCAAGGAUGUGUCUAUCGCUAUCGCCUUUUUGAGCCGUCAUGGUCUUCACCAUCAGAUCACCCCUCACGAGAUGCCUGCUCGUGCUAAUAUCGCUGCUCUUCGAUCUAUCGGCGUCCGGACUAUUAUUGCUUUCUCUGCUGUGGGAAGCUUACAGGAGUAUAUUAAGCCUCGCGACUUUGUGGUCCCAGACCAGAUUAUUGAUAGAACCAGGGGUAUCAGGCCAUUCACCUUCUUCGAAGGAGGUGCUGUUGCUCACGUCCCCUUCGGUGAACCAUUCGAUGAGGGCAUUGCCAAGGUUGUUCGAGCUUGCGGACACAGCUUAGAGGGAGAGGGUGUUGUGCUGCAUGACCGUGGCACGUUGAUUUGCAUGGAGGGCCCUCAGUUCUCUACGCGCGCUGAAAGCAACCUAUAUCGCUCUUGGGGUGGUAGCAUUAUUAACAUGUCCGCUCUUCCAGAGGCUAAACUUGCCCGUGAAGCCGAAAUCGCAUACCAAAUGAUCUGUAUGUCAACGGACUAUGACUGCUGGUACGAGUCGACUGAGGAUGUUACCGUUGAGAUGGUCAUGGGUAAUAUGAAAGCCAACGCGCUUAAUGCAAAGCACUUUAUCACUGCUGUUCUUGAUGAACUUGCUAAAAAAGAGCAUACUGAACUUGUGCAGGCUAAGCAUCUGGCUGGCUCUAUGAAGUUUGCUAUUAGCACCCCUCCUCAUCAUUGGAGUGCCGAUGCUAGGGAAAAGCUCACCUGGCUCUUCCCUUGGUAUAUUGAGUAGAUGAAGGUU